AGGCGGACUGCAGUGCAGAGCACAAUGUGCCGCCCCCGCGCCGUCGCCGACGACGCAUCAGACGCGACGGACGGCGACGAGAUCGAAGCCGCCAAAUUACUCGAACGGCCCCGCUGCACUAAUUGGUCCAAAGACGGCCUCGCUAAAACAUGGGAGCAAACGCGAAGGCGGCUCCUCGCAACGUCGACACGCGUGCCGCGCGAACACGUAUCAAAAUUAACGCGAGUCAAGUUCGCGAACACCUACGAAUGCAAGGGAGGACCGCCGUGCGUCGUCGACGGCUGCGAGAAGUUAUUCAAAAACGUACCCGCAAGCAUCGAGGCCCUCCGUCACCUUUACGGCGAAACGAACUUCAGAGUGAGCGACACGCACGGCGCGAUGGUGGGUCUUGAGGUGUGGUAUGCGUACGCGUCCACGACGGAGGACGACGCGCCCUUUGCGAUUUAUGAUGCGGAGUUCGCGGACCUGGGCGGCUUCGCGUACGACGUGCCGCGCUUCCUGAGCGAGGACGCCUUCGCUCUCGCAAAUGUGGACGAGCGGCCGCCCUGGCGCUGGUUAUUACUAGGAGGGCCGCGGUCGGGCACGGGCGUGCACGUCGAUCCUUUGUAUACCCAUGCCUGGGUCUACCUGGUGCAAGGGCUCAAAAGGUGGAUCUUCCUGCCUUCCCAUUUAUCUCGAGAUGAGUUGAGGGCGCUCGGCGUCGGCGAGCCGCAGCUGCCGUCGGCGCAGUGGUUCGCGCGGUAUCGGGAUAAAGCGGCAGCCUUACCCGGCACGGUCGAGCUCGUCCAGCGGCCGGGCGAGCUGGUCUACGUGCCGGCCGGCCGGCCGCACGCGGUGUUGAAUCUAGAGUGGUCCUACGCCCUCACGCACAACUACGCUAUUCUAUCAAAUGCUUGUGUGUUGUCUACGUCCAUCGAGGAGCCGGAGUUCUUCGACGCGCUGCGGGGGACGCUGCCUUCAUCAAAAGCGCGCCCCGUCGUGCGGGCUUCCGUAGAGCGAUAUGUGACAAAGCGGGACGCGGCCGCGCUCGUGAUUGCCAGAUGGUAA